GUAGGGAAAGAAGCAGAGGCGCAGAGGGCACUGAGCAGGGCUCCCAGCUCCAGCGAGGCCGGAGGCGACGCAGGCAGGAUGUCCACCGCACACUUCAACCGGGGACCGGCCUACGGGCUGUCGGCAGAGGUCAAGAACAAGCUCGCCCAGAAGUACGACCCCCAGCGGGAGCAGGAUCUGCGGCUGUGGAUCGAGGACAUGACGGGGGAGCGCCUGGGAGACAACUUCAUGGAGGGGCUGAAGGACGGCGUUAUCCUGUGCAAACUCAUCAACAAACUGCAGCCGGGCUCCGUGAAGAAGGUGAACGAGUCCACUCAGAACUGGCACCAGCUCGAGAACAUCAGUAACUUCAUCAAGGCCAUCACCAAGUACGGCGUGAAGCCACACGACAUUUUCGAAGCCAACGACCUCUUUGAGAGCACGAACUACACGCAGGUGCAGUCCACCCUGAUUGCCCUGGCGAGCCAGGCCAAGACAAAAGGCAACAAAGUGAACAUGGGUGUGAAAUACGCCGAGAAGCAUCAGCGCCGCUUCCAGCCGGAGAAGCUGAAGGAAGGACGGAACAUUAUCGGGCUGCAGAUGGGCACCAACAAGUUCGCCAGCCAGCAGGGCAUGACGGCGUAUGGCACCCGCCGGCACCUCUAUGACCCCAAGCUGGGCACAGACCAGCCCCUGGAUCAGGCCACCAUCAGUCUGCAGAUGGGCACGAACAAGGGAGCCAGCCAGGCGGGCAUGACGGCCCCAGGGACCAAGCGGCAGAUCUUCGAGCCCACGCUGGGCAUGGAGCACUGCGACAGCCUCAACGUCUCCCUGCAGAUGGGCAGCAACAAGGGCGCCUCGCAGCAGGGCAUGACUGUGUACGGGCUGCCACGCCAGGUCUACGACCCCAAGUACUGCCUCCAGCCCAACUACGCCACGGUCGGCGAGGACGAGUACAACCAUACCCAACACAAUUUCUACAACUCCGAAUGAAGGGGCCGGGCCGGGGCGAGGCCGAGGCCUGGACUGAUCAGAGACACACGCAGCCAGGGCGCUAGAAGAAACUUUUUAAAAAAAAAAAAAGCAAGUGAUUACUUUAAAAAGAGGAAUAAGAGGAAAUCCCGACUGCUCCCCCUCAACACUAACCUGCUUACGGAGGGUCCCCCAAUCCAGCUCCCCCACCCCUAGAAACAAAAUCCAGCCCCAUCAGAUUCCUCCCCCCUUUAUUUAAGUUGCUUUCAGAUGUAUAAUCCAGCACUUGACAAUGCACAGACCUAGAACAAGCCUCAGUUCAAUCAGGGGUAGCUGGGUGGGGGGGAAGAAUAGCUGUAGACGUGAAAAGUCAGAAACAUUAGUGUGUUUUCGCCAUUAGCACCAGCAUCUCAGCUCUCAGACACUCACCCGCAUCUCCCCACCCUCACCCAAGUGCUCUAGAAAUGCCGCCCCCCCCCAUCCCCUUUGCUAAAGCAAGGGGAACGAACAAGUUGGUGAAAUGAAUCGGCCUGCGAUUGCAUUCACUGCUUGAUGGCUAAGUGCAUCUAGGUAGAGUACUUCCUGCUCGACUGUCCAGGAACAGUCCCCCCCCUGAUCCCAGGUGUGUAACACCCCUAGCAGUAGCGGCCUGAGCAGGGCAGACACGGGGGAGGGAUGGGACUAGCAGUACAGGAGGAGACAGAGCAAGUUUGAGUUUAAACACACGCACUCCCCGGUCCCUGUCAAAGGUUCUCCUAACAUUUCUGGGCUUUGAAAAGGGACAGAUGCCUCGUCUGUAAAUAAGCCUCCAUGUGUGUAUAUAAGAGACUCACUCUAUAUACACCCCGACACACACUUUCCAUCUACCACCAGGCCAGCACCCCCGACUAACAAGUUUUUGUGUCGGCAGGUUUUCCAGUUGCAAGUCUAAGUGAGAAACCCUCUCCCCGCACACGAACACUGCUGAGCUCCUGGAAGGGGAACCUGCUCAGCCGCCUCUGCUAUUGUCAUGUUAGGAGUAGUUUGAUGAGAAUCUAACAUAUGGGGAAAAUACGAGUGUGAACUACUGAGAUAAGCCACUACAUUUCCUACAGGACGGGCUGCCUUUAAAAGCCUAGGAAGAUUUCCCUUACUCUGCAUGCUGGCAAACUAAACACUUUAAAAAACCAACUCCAGAUCAAGCGAUUUAUAAACUGAUAUUACGGCAGUUUGUAAUUUUCUGCUGAUGAGCACUUUUUAAUCUCUCACUGUGGCACAAUAAAACAAGGAAAAAAA